AUGUAUUUGACCAGAGAAAGACCGCUGCUAGAAACGGAGUUCAAUCAGAAACGCGAGAAAGAGCAGCGCCAUCUUUGCCAGUUGAUUGCACACGCGUCGCUCGAUCUAGUGGAGGCCAGGGCACGGGCAACAAGUCAGUGCUUUUUGAAGAGCGUUGACCGUUUCAAUGAGUGGCACAUAUCGGCGUACUUAACUCCUGGUGGAGCCAAGUUUAUUAUGGUGCACGAUCAAAUUAACGAAGACGCCGUUCGCAAUUUUUUCCAGGACGUGAACGAUAUCUGGCUGCGGCUUCGAUUGAACCCAUUUUAUAACCCAGAUGGAGAAAUCAAAAAUAAGUCAUUUUUAUUGCGUGUACGCGCCAUUGGGCAGCGUCUGUUGGCGAUGGAAUUGAAAGAAUUGUUAAAAUGGGUAAAUGGACACCUUAGAUUGAGGAAUUCACCCGAGAUUCAAAAUUUCACCAGAGAUUGGGUUGAUGGAAAAGCCUAUCUUUCUAUCAUUUAUAAUCAUCGACCCGAUAUGAUUAGAUUGGACGUAUCCAAUCAAUCUCCAGACGAGAUGUUUGAGCAAAUCGUCCAAGUUUCAGAAACGAAGCUCAAAAUCAAACCCUUUUUCUCACAAGAAGAUCUUUUGCGAGGCUCAGCGCUGUUAGAAAAUAUCACUUUUGUCGCCGAACUUUACUACUUACUUGCUCAAGAAAGAGGAAUGAAGAAAAACCCGGAAGAAACUUGUUUUAUAAGCAGCAAAGAAAAAGAGGGGUCAUCGCUAACGAGGAGGCUUUUUGAGCGGUGUGAAUUCGAGAAGAGAUUUCACGAAAUUUGUUCCACAGACGAAGAUAUUUUAAACAACAACUCUUUGCCUCAACUUGAGAAUUUCAUGAAGAAGGAAGCCGGAGAAAAGAUAAAGCUGGAAGAUGAAAAAUCAGCGACCUCUGAAUCUGGUUUUGAUCUCAGGCUCAAGUUUAAAGAAAUUACCAUUGAUUCGAACUCGGAGUCUGACAAUGCUCAAUCCAACAAUCCAUCGAUAAAAUCAGGGAACCCUUUCGGAGAUGAUUCUGAGGAAGAGCAAGAAAGUCUAAAAGAAGAAACCGAAGAAAGAGAAAAACGAAAAGAAAGUGAAAAUGGGAACCCAUUCGGUGAUUGUGAAAGUAGCGACGAAGGAGCGGAAGAAGUAAAAGUUCCAAUACCCGCACCGCGCUCGAAAAUUACUGAACCUCCUGGCAAUCCCUUCGGCUCAGCUAGCGAAGAUGAAGAAGAGGAUGAUUCAGAAACGAAUCCGUUCGCGAAGAAACCACCCGCUCGCCCGCCGCCGCCGAAAAUUGUCAAUUCGCCACGAAAGAAAGAAAUGGCACCACUUCCACCGCCAAACGUGGCUCCUUUCAACCCCUCACGCCCAAAACGUCCCCCUCCGCCGAAGCCGAAAGGCAAAGCUCCAGGUUAUGGUAAUCCUGUCGUUAAACGUACAGUGACUGUUAACACGGAUGAAAUUCGCUCACAAUUGCUCAAAGUUGAAGAGGAGAUUCACGGGCUCGAAUCUCAGUGCCAGAAACUCGAAGAUAUCAUACGAGUAACAGAGUCUCAGGACGACGCAGUUAUUGAAGAUGAUCAAGAACUCUUCAAAGAGUGGAUUUCGAUAAUUAAAAACAGGACCGCUCUCGCGGAAAAGCACAAAUUCCUUGGAUACCAACUUCGAUUUAAUCUGUUAGAUGAGAGACAUGCCGAGCUAGAGUAUCAAAUGCGAAAGGUGCUCAAUAAACCAUGUGAAGAUGACUCCCACGUUGAAGUGGAAGAACUUCUGAUGGCACAAAUCGUCGAUGUUGUGAACAAAAAAGACGAACUGAGUCAACUGAUCGAAAACUCUUCUAAACCAGAAAACUUUGAACCUGAAGCACAGUUCGAUAUUCCUGCUGAAAAACAAGUUGCUCGAGUUAAAAAAUCUGGCACGAUACGAAAGCUGAAGAAGAUUCUCAUAAAGAAACCCAAAGACAAACCUGAAAAGUCGAAAAAAUCUGCUAAAAAAUAA